AUGCAAGCUCUUACUUUCGUGUUAGCCUGCAUAUUAAAUUGCCAACUGGUUCUUUGCACGACUCAACAAACAUGUGAUAGCCUAAUCUACUGUCAGGGAGAUCUGCUAGACACGGUGCAGCGAGCUCGAAUUUUUGAUGAUUCAAAAACCUUUGUCGACAUGAGGCAAAUCAAUCCGUCUACCACAACCUUGAAGAACUUCAAAAAACUCAAACAAGAAACCAAAAAUAAUCCAACUAAAGAAAAUAUAAGAAAAUUCGUGAAUAAUAAUUUUGUCUUGGAAGGUGAGCUUGAACCAUGGACUCCACCUGAUUACAAAAACAAACCUGCUUUCUUGAAGUUAAUCAAAGAUGAAAAGGUGAAAAAUUUUACCCAAAACCUCAUAGGCAUUUGGCCAACUUUAGGGAGAAAAGUGAGACAAGACGUUAUUGACAAUCCAGACAGACAUUCCUUCAUCUCCGUACCAAACGGAUUCAUAAUCCCUGGAGGUCGUUACCGAGAAAUAUACUACUGGGAUUCGUACUGGAUAAUCAAAGGCCUUCUCAUAUGCGAAAUGAAAAGCACCGCUCGAGGAAUGUUGGAAAAUCUUCUGUCGCUAGUGAAGAGAUACGGUUUCGUUGCGAAUGGAAGCAGAGUGUACUACCUUAACCGAUCUCAACCUCCUCUUUUGACUUUAAUGGUUAGUUUAUACAUCGACGCCACGAACGAUCUUAAAUGGCUACGAACAAACGUACAGGUGCUCGAUAGAGAAUUGAGCUGGUGGUUGGCUAACAGAACCGUGUCUGUGGUAAAAAAUGGUGUUAAUUACACUUUGGCUCAUUAUGGAUGUCGUAGCGGAACGCCCCGCCCAGAAUCGUAUUAUGAAGAUCUAGAAACUUGUAGGGUAUUCCACCAACAGUCUAAACAGGAGGAGUGCUACAAAGAUAUAAAAAGCGCCGCCGAAAGCGGCUGGGACUUCUCGUCCCGCUGGAUGUUCGACUCCAAGGGAGACGCUAAUGGCAACCUCAGUGACACCCAAACAAGGAGAGUUAUUCCUGUGGACCUAAACGCGUUCCUUUGCAAGGCUUUCGAGGAACUUUCCAUAUUUUAUUUAAAAGUCGGCCACACUUCCAAAGUAAUUCAAUGGAAGGAGAAAGCUGAAGAGUGGAGAAAGUCAAUCCUGAUGGUACUCUACAACUCAGAAGAUGGGAUUUGGUACGACUACGACGUCAUCCUGUCGCGACCAAGGAAAAUAUUUUACCCGAGCAAUUUGGCUCCUUUGUGGACAGAGUCAUAUGAUCCGACAAUUAACGGGGGCGAGGAGUACGGGUCACGAGCUGCUAAGUACUUGAAGGAUCAAGGCGUGAAAGAAUAUAAAGGAGGUAUACCGGCAUCCCUUACGCAAACUGGAGAGCAAUGGGACUUUCCCAACGCUUGGCCCCCACUACAAGAAAUCGUGAUUCUCGGCUUGCUAAAUACUCACGACCGCGACGCGAGGUUACUUGCAGAAAAUUUUGGCAUGCGCUGGAUACGGGCCAAUAUUAAAGGGUACCAGGAAAGCGGUAAGAUGUUCGAGAAGUAUGAUUCUGUCAACCCUGGUCAGUACGGAAAUGGAGGGGAGUAUCCUGUUCAAACUGGUUACGGUUGGUCGAACGGAAUAGCGUUGUCACUUAUAAAUAUAUAUUAUACCAAGAAAAAUUUGUCAAGAGAGGAUACAGGGGUUAAACUGGAUCUUUAA